AUGGCAGACGCGGUAGGAGCAGCAGCUGGAAUUGUUGGGGCAGCAGCAUCAAUCGGUGGUGCAAUUGCUGAAAUUGCUCCCACACAUCGCCAGUGCACCAUUGAGAUUAUGAAUGAAUGCAAGGACUUCAGCCUUUGUAAUCCCAGGAUGUUCUUUGAGAGUGGAGGCUGUGCCAUACCCCUGCUAUCUUUCAUUGGCCCUUACAAAACUGACGUGGCACAGUUUAUCAAGACUCCACACACAGCAUGUGGAUCUGUUGGUGUCUUCACUUAUGAUCUCCUGAAGAAGGAUGCAGAGCAGCCCAUUGAGAAGAUAGCUGUCAUGUUCUCUGUGCCCUAUGACUUUGGUCCAUACAAGAACUUGUAUGCAUUGUUAGAUUACUCAGCCAGUCAGUUAUUUGGCAUCGUGUGUCAUGGAAAACUCUACCAGUGA